GAGCAAAGAGAACGCGACGCUUCGAAUCGGAGAAAAGCAGGGAAGAAGAGAAUAAAGUAGAAAUCAAAGUGUCGUCGGCCGUGAAGGGAUGCCUACGAAGGGGGAAAGGGGAAAAGCGACGGACUUCAGCAUCGCGGCCAUCAUGGCGCCCAGGGGUCCGUCCUUCGGGCAUUACCACCUGCAGGGCAUUGGCAACGCCGCCGCUACCGCUAAUACCAGCUUGGAAUGUCCAACAGGCAAAGCGUUCGUCGCCGAUUCCGCUCUCGAUCACCGGGCAAGGACAUCCCCGGUGAACAUUGUCGCGACGGCGACGGUGGUGACGGAGGAAGCGCUGUUGGCCGACGACGAGGUGGAGAACUGCGAAGGCGAGAGCGAGGCUACCGACAAGUCCGGCAACGAGGAGGACGAGGAAGUGGACGUGGACGUGGAGGAGUGCAGCAGCGUCGACGACGGUCCCGUGCACGGUCUUCCGGACGAUCUGAGCAGCUCGUCGUCCGCGAGAAAGUGCCAGGACGCUUACGGCGAGCACGAACGGAAGCACCGGCUGAGGACCAGCUGCAAUUCCGACGAGCUUCGUGACGUCGAGUGCCACCUCGAGACCAAGGAGCUCUGGGACAAAUUUAACGACCUCGGCACCGAGAUGAUCAUCACGAAGACGGGAAGGCGAAUGUUCCCCACCUGCCGAGUGUCGUUUAGCGGACUGAAGUCGGAAGGCAGGUACGCGGUGCUGAUGGACAUCGUUCCCGUGGACAACAAACGAUACCGAUACGCGUAUCAUCGAAGCUGUUGGCUGGUAGCCGGUAAAGCGGAUCCUCCGGCGCCAGCGAGGCUCUACGUCCACCCGGAUUCGCCGUUCACCGGGGAUCAGCUUCGAAAGCAGGUGGUCUCGUUCGAGAAGGUCAAGCUGACGAACAACGACAUGGACAAACACGGUCAGAUCGUACUGAACUCGAUGCACAGAUAUCAACCCAGGAUACAUUUGGUUCGUUGCCGACACACGGACGACAAUAAUCUUCACAUAACCGAUCUCCAGAAGGAAGAGCACAAGACCUUUAUAUUUCCCGAGGCUAUUUUUACCGCGGUGACUGCCUAUCAGAAUCAGCUGAUAACCAAGCUGAAGAUCGACAGUAACCCGUUCGCCAAAGGCUUCCGAGACUCGUCGAGACUGACGGAUUUCGAUAGAGAUCCGAUGGAGUUGAUGGAGCAACAAUUGGUGAGAUGCGGCGUGGCGCCGGUCAGAUUGUACGAACAUUUGGCGAUGUCAACAGCGCUCACUGGUACUACUAAAAUAUUCGCUCAGCUCAGUUUCAGGAAAUUAUUCGAGUCGCGAACCAGUGUCCGGAGCGGAGAAGAGCCACGCGUUUCGGGUCUACCGUGGCGAAACGAUUGA